AUGGUCACCAUCGCUGCACACAAUCCCGCCGACGGUCCAGCAGACGAGAGUGGCCCCAGUUGUAUCAAUGCCGGGACGCCGAGUUCUUCGGAGUCGAGCGAGGAGAAGAUUGCAGCCGACGAAGAUACCCUCGAGCCGAUCGCUAUCGUCGGGUUCUCAUUGCGGUUUCCAGAUGAUGCUGUAUCCGAAGAUGGCUUCUGGGAGAUGCUCAUGGAGAAGCGCUGCGCGUCGAGGGAGUUCCCCAAGGACCGGCUGAACAUCGAUGCCUUUCACAGCACCGACCCAGAUCGCAUGAAUACUAUAUCAACGAAAAAGGCUCACUUCCUUAAGGAAGACGUGCGAGCCUUCGAUGCGCCAUUCUUCUCCAUCCCCCCACUAGAGGCGGCGAGUUUAGACCCUCAACAGCGGGGUUUGCUGGAAACGACAUAUCGCGCGCUAGAAAAUGCUGGAAUCCCUAUGGAGAAGGCCAAGGGGACGAAUACGUCUGUUCAUGUGGGCUGCUUCACCAACGACUUCAACACCAUGAACUGGAGGGAUUCACAGCAAAUCCCCCGAUACAGCGCUACUGGAACGGCGGCUGCUAUUCUCUCAAAUCGAUUGAGUUGGUUCUUUGACCUUGCAGGACCGAGCAUGACUGUUGAUACUGCAUGUUCGAGUGGUUUGGUUGCACUCGACCUCGCCUGCAAUGGGUUAUGGUCAGGAGAGUCUAACAUGGGAAUUGUUGCUUCUUCAAACUUAAUUUGCUCGCCCGAAAUGAACAUCGCGUUAUCAAACAUGAACUUUCAAUCCCCCGAUGGGCGAUGUUAUAGUUUUGACGACCGAGCCAAUGGAUACAGCCGAGGCGAGGGAUUCGGUGUGCUCGUUUUGAAGCGUCUUUCGCAUGCAAUCAGAGAUGGAGACACUAUUCGAGCACUUGUUCGAUCCACUGGUACUAAUCAAGAUGGCCACACUGCUGGAGGUGUUACACAGCCCAGCAAAGACUCCCAAGCGAAGUUGAUUGCGGAAACUUAUCGCAAGGCAGGAUUAGAUUUGAAGCAAACACGAUUCUUCGAGGCUCAUGGUACUGGUACUUCCAUUGGUGAUCCUAUCGAAGCCCGAGCGAUUGGAGAGAGCUUCCAGGGGGAGCACCGCCAGAACGAACCGUUAGGAGCUGUAAAAACAAAUAUCGGGCAUUUAGAAGGUACCAGUGGAAUAGCUGGUCUAAUUAAAACCAUCCUGGUGCUGGAGCGGGCGACGAUUCCGCCCAACACCAAUUUCGAACGUCUUAACCCUCAAAUAGAUUCCGAAUUUUUCAACCUUAAGUUUCCAUCACAAAGUCUGCCAUGGCCUAGCGAAGGCUUACGAAGGGCGUCCGUCAACUCAUUCGGGAUUGGAGGUGCAAAUGCCCACGCUGUUUUAGAUGACGCAUAUCAUUAUCUCCAUUCAAGAAACCUUCCCGGAAACCACCGGACUUUGCCAUCGCCUGCCAAAGUAUCAUCGCCGAUCCAGGUCAACGGUUUCGAUAACGAGCAUUUUGCUCCCAAGCUAUUAAUUUUGUCCGCCGCAGAUCAAGAUGGCAUGCAACGCCUUGCCGUGGAGUAUAGCCGCUACUUCGAUAGCCUUGACAGAGGUGCUGUAAAUGCGGCGUUCCUGGACAACUUGGUUUAUACACUUAAUACUCGCCGCAGUUCACUGCCCUGGAAAUCAUACAUAGUGGCUAAUUCGAUUUUGGCAUUGCGAAGAAUACAGGAAACAAUAUCAAAACCCAUCCAGCCCCUUGCACCAACACCUCGGCUUACGUUUAUCUUUACCGGCCAAGGCGCACAAUGGCAUGCCAUGGCCAGAGAACUUCUGAAUUAUCCUACGUUCCAAGGUAGCUUGCUAAUGUCGCAGGCCUGCUUGAAGAAGAUGGGUUGCAAGUGGUCACUGUUAGAUGAACUUUCAAAAACUCGGGAAACAUCGAGAGUAAACGAUCCGGAAUUUAGCCAAACGCUUUGCACAGCCAUACAGGUAGCUCUUGUGGAUAUCCUUAGGGAAAUUGGCGUUGUGCCUUCAACUGUCGUUGGCCACUCAUCAGGAGAGAUAUCCGCAGCGUACUGUACCGGAUCAAUAAACCGAGAAUCCGCUAUAAAGUUAGCAUAUCAUCGGGGUGUACUUGCGUCCAAACUAGCUAGAUCCUCACAGUCAAGCCACUGCAUGGCCUCUAUUGGACUUCCCGCAGGGGAAGUUGACAUCUACCUCGAAGCAUUGGCUUUGCAACAAAACUUCGACCCUAGCCAAAUCACUAUCAGUUGCAUCAAUAGCCCCAAGAAUGUGACUAUUUCGGGGCCAAAGACCGACGUUGAAGCCGUUGUCGCAUACAUGGAUGAGGAACAAGUCUUCGCUCGGAAACUCUUGGUCAACGUGGCGUACCACUCUCCUCAAAUGCUUACCAUAGCAAAUGAGUAUCUGGAUCUGAUAGGGGGUUUAGAAAGGGAUGUGCUUCUGAUGAAAUCAGUGAUGGUAUCCUCAGUGACAAGCGACAUUGUCUCUUCGGAUGUUCUGUGUGCAGGUCAAUACUGGGUACGAAAUAUGGUCUCGCCAGUUAACUUCUUUGGGGCUAUGAAAAAGACCUGCUCUCGAUCGGAUGCCAAUGGAAGAAUAAAAAAGCUGGAUCGAAGCCAUCUAAAAGAUAUUGUCACCAACGCACUUCUAGAAAUUGGCCCCCACUCCGCCCUCCAGGGACCGAUCCGUGAUUCCCUCACUUCCCUGAAUAGCAAUAACCAGGUGGUUUACAACUCGGCGUUGGUCCGGAACCGUUCCGCUGUCGAAACGUUCCUUACAGCUGCGGGACGUUUGCACACCCAAGGUUUCCGCGUCGACAUGGACCAACUAAUACAACUUAGCUCAGCUUCUCCGAAACCCCUUCAAGUGUUAACCGAUCUCCCACAAUAUCCCUUCAACCACUCUGUGUUAUAUUGGCAAGAAUCCCGCCUCAACAAAGGUGUUCGAUUCCGCCAACAUGCACCCCACGACCUUCUUGGCUGUCGAGCCACGGACUGGAAUCCCUUAGAGGCGAGGUGGCGGUUAAUUAUUAGACUGGAUGAGAUGCCUUGGGUGGAGGACCAUAAAGUAAACGGCUCGAUCUUAUACCCUGCAGCAGGCAUGCUUGCGAUGGCAAUUGAAGCAAUGAAACAGAUGGUGGAUGAUCCGUCUGUGGUUGGAUAUGAAAUCAAGGAGGCUGUGUUCCAUACACCCCUCGUGGUAUCCACAUCGAAGGAAGGUGUUGAGGCAGAGAUCUACCUUCGCCCAUUAGCAGACACUGGAAAUGCAAAGUCUGCAUGGCACGAUUUCCGGCUUUACGUUCACAAGUUCGACGAAGAAUGGGAAGAGAUUUGCCGUGGGACUGUCCGUGCUGAUUAUGGUAGAUCAAAGGCGGAGGUUGAUAAUGGAAAAGAAGAAGACUGCCGUAUAAUUCAGUUAAGAAAGAUGCACAUCACAGCGGCACAGUCAUGCAGCAAGGGAGUACCUAGCACCAAUAUGUAUCGGCGAUUCAAAGAGAUGGGACUCGAUUAUGGUGCAGCUUUCCAACCAAUGCAGAGCAUUCAAUUCGAUACCAGCGGGCAAGCUACUGCCAAAAUCGGACUUCGGACGUGGUCCAAGGGUGAAUCGAAAGCUUUUGGUCCGGGCCAAAAUCAUGUCAUUCAUCCAUCAACACUAGAUGGCAUGUUCCAAUUAGUAUUCGUCGCCUUGAGCCAAGGAGGUGCAGUAGCCAUGCCAACCAUGGUCGCUAGUCGUAUUGACCGGCUAUGGGUAUCUAGCUCUGGGGUUGGAACCCCUUUUACAGGCUCCGUUCAAACCUAUACUGAAGCCCGUCACUUCAGCCAGCGUAGCGCGCGGUGCCUGAUUUCGGUAUUAGGUGAUGAUCAGCUUCCAAAGGUUCACAUGGACGGCUUUGAAGUUACCGCGGUCUCCAGCAUACAGGCAGAUUCCGAAGUUCAAACGGAACCUAAACAUAUGUGCUAUCAUAUGGAUUGGAAGGUCGACCCCGAUACGCUGGAUUCACAACAACUCGAAAAGUAUUGCGGAAAAGCUUACAAGCCUGAUGCUGAACCUAUUUCCUGGUUUAGAGACAUCGAGUUCCUUGCCCUUGCAUUUAGCUCGACGGCAUUGAGAGAGCUAGCUAUAUGUAAUCGAUUACCGCCAGCCUCGCUAGCGAAGUACACCUCGUGGAUCCAGGACCAAGUAGACCGCGAUCUCAUUAAAACCCCAAGCAAGGAUCGCAUCCGCCGAAUAGAGCAGAUUCAAGAUCUGACGUACUUGAGUUCAGUAUGUGAACGCGUGAUGUCGAGCAGUCGCGGCAAGCUGUACAUCAGGGUUGGAAGCAAUCUCCCAAAGGUACUUCUUGGUGAAAUGGACCCAUUGCAGCUAAUUUUCGAAGACCAGCAACUGCUAGAAGACUUCUAUAGUGAAGUUAAUGGAACAGCGCAGUGCUUCAAUGCUUUUGCUCACUACCUCGAGGCCAUGGUUCAUAAGGAUCCAGGGAUGAACAUCUUGGAAAUUGGGGCUGGAACGGGUGCAGCUACGGAAAUCCUGCACAGGACUCUAGCUCCCAAGUCCAGCGAUACACCUCGCUAUGGACAAUACGCCUUCACAGACGCCAGCCUUGCACUUGUUGACCAGGCCAGGAAUAAAUUCAAGGAGCAUAGACGAAUGGGCUUCGAGGUUUUUGAUGUCCAACAAAGUCCCUCAGCGCAAGGAUUUAAAGAAGAGUCUUACGACUUGGUCAUUGCCUCCAGUGUGUUCCAUUUGACGGAGUCGUUGAGCGAAACAAUGCAGAAUGCGCGAAAGCUCCUGAAACCUGGAGGAAAGCUCGUCAUCGUGGAGGAAACCGCAUCCAACAUUGCCCGCAAUGGGUUUGCUUUCGGGUUGCUAUCUGACUGGUGGCUCGGUUCCGAAGAAUAUCGCCAACAAACCCCUCUUGUAUCUGAGGAGAGAUGGCAUGAAGUCUUCCAGCAAAACGGGUUCUCUGGGACCGAUGUAGUUCUUCGGGACUUCAUAAGCGAAGAAUGCCAUGAGCGGAGCUUGAUGAUUUCCACAGCCUUGCCUGCAGUUGCAACCCCGGCAGGAAAGCUUCAGCCCAUUGCCAUAGUUGAAAAGAGUUCAUCACUCCAACUUGAACUCGUGCAAGAAGUGGACGAUGCACUCAAGAACCUGGGCGGCUCAAUCUCCGGAGUCCUCACUCUCGAAGAAGCUGUUUUACUAGAUGGCCAACACAAUCGCCAUUAUAUCAUGCUAACUGAAUACGAACAUCCUGUUCUUCGAAGCCUUGAGUCUAAAUCAUUUUCCUCGCUCCAGCACCUGCUAUCUUCUGCUAGAAGCGUGUUGUGGGUUACAAAGGGAGGAAUGUCCGUAUCCACACCAGCCUACGGGAUGGUGCAAGGCUUAUUUAGAGUCAUCCGCCAGGAGCACGCCAAUGUGGCAUUGGUCACAUUGGCGUUCGAGGCUGAAGCAAAUUCCUCCAUCAAGCAACAUGCCAAUAGCAUAGGUAAAGUAAUGAGUAUGACGAUUUCAGGCUUAGAUAGCGGCAGCUUCGAGCCCGAGUAUGUUGAAACAAGCGGACUCCUUCAGAUCAACCGUGUUGCCGAGACGCCGAAACUUAAUCACCACAUUUUUGAGAGCACGACAUAUACAAAUGGAAUCCAGGAAUAUGGACAAGGUCCGCCCCUCAAGUUAAAUGUUAGAACACCUGGGUUGCUUGACUCUUUGGAAUUUUUGGAAGAUGAUACCCCACGCGAGCCACUAGGAUCCGAUGAUAUCGAAAUGGAAGUCAGGGCAAUUGGCGUCAAUUUCAAGGAUUGUCUAAUUGUUCUGGGCCGUGUAAAUACCGACAAACUCGGGUGCGAAUGUGCAGGAGUAAUAAGCCGAGUUGGAAACAACUGUGGCCAAUUCCAACCUGGAGAUCGUGUAACAAUGUUUGCGAACCAGACAUACCGGACGUAUGCGAGGGCUAAUUCUGGUUGUGCUGUGAAAAUCCCAGACAAUAUGACAUUUGCAGAGGCAGCAGCUAUGCCCACAGCUUUCUGCACAGCCUAUUAUAGUCUUUGCAAUGUGGCCCAUUUACAGAAGGGCGAGUCAAUUCUGAUUCAUGCGGCAUCAGGUGGGACAGGUCAAGCGGCAGUGCAAAUUGCUCGACACAUAGGCGCUGAAAUAUUUGCAACUGUGGGUUCUGCGUCGAAGAAACAGCUGCUUAUGGAUAAAUACAACAUCCCGGAAGACCACAUACUGUAUAGUCGAGACACCUCAUUUGCCGAUGGCAUCCGACGGAUGACGAAUAAUCAAGGUGUUGAUGUAGUCUUGAACUCAUUAUCUGGGGAAGGCUUGGUUGCUUCUUGGGAAUGCAUUGCCCCUUACGGACGGUUCCUUGAAAUAGGGAGAAAAGACAUUGACUCUCAUGGAAGCCUGCCGAUGUUUCCUUUCAUCAAGAACGCAUCGUUUACCGGUGUUGAUCUUGCUGCCAUUGCCGAGCAACGACCACAGUUAAUGCAGACGCUACUCCAGGAGAUGAUGGCAUUAGUUGCAAUCAACAAGUUCCUUCCCUCAUACCCGCUAAGUUUAUUCUCUAUCUCCGAGAUCGAACAGGCAUUCCGUCUUCUUCAGAGUGGUAAAAGUUCCGGCAAAAUUGUUCUUGAAAUUACCAAGGAUGCUAUGGUUCCAACUUCUUUGAAAAAGCAUUCUUCGUACUCAUUUGAUUCGAAUGCAAGCUAUGUCAUCGCGGGCGGUCUUGGCGGUAUCGGACGGAGUAUCUCUCGUAGGUUAGUAGAUCGAGGGGCAAGGAAUUUAAUUCUACUUUCUCGGUCCGGGCCCGAAGGAAAUGAGAAAUCACAGGCUCUUUUGGAGGAGCUAAGAGGGAAGGGAGUUCAAGUAGCGACUCCAAUCUGUGAUAUUACGAGUAUGAAGUCAUUACAGAACGCGUUGAGAGAAUGCCCAGGAAAUAUGCCGCCGGUCAAAGGAUGCAUCCAGGCAUCAAUGGUCCUCAGGGAUUCUACGUUUGCAAACAUGUCAUUCCAGGAGUGGGAGGAGAGCGUAAUGCCAAAAGUCGAGGGGUCUUGGAACCUGCACGUCAGCCUCCCGAAAGGGAUGGACUUCUUCAUCCUCCUUUCCUCGGUAUGUGGUGUUUUCGGAAACCCCGGACAGAGCAACUACGCAGCGGGAAAUACCUACCAGGAUGCGUUAGCACACCAUAGAGUUGCAUGCGGCGAAAAGGCUACAGCUCUCGACCUCGGUGUCAUUCUUGCAGAAGGCGUUGUUGCAGAGAAUACCCAGCUCAUGGACCAUUUAAUGCGCCAGGGGAUCAUGCUCCCAGUCUCCCAACCGGAGCUUUUUGCCCUUCUGGAUUACCACUGCGACCCUUCACUCACGCCAUCUGAAGCUACCCAAGCCCAAGUCAUCACAGGCUUAGAUCUUCCCGCCAGAGUUCUCGCGAGGGGAAAAGAAAUCCCCUAUCCUAUACGCCAACCCCUUUUCCGCAAUAUGCAUCAAAUCGACGCUUCAGGCCAGCCUUCAUCAAACACAUCCAGUCAAGCACUAGAUUACAAAACAUUAUUUGCAGGCGCAACGUCCUUAGUGGAGGCAGGACUUCUCGUCUCUGAGGGCUUGAGGAAGAAAUUAUCACGGGUCCUUGGUAUUCCUCAAGAUAACAUCGAGCUCAACAACCGGGUCGAAUCAUAUGGUGUGGAUUCACUGGUAGCCGUCGAACUGCGAAAUUGGCUAGCGAAGGAGAUGAGCGCUGAUGUCGCGGUAUUUGAGAUUCUGGGCGGAAACACGUUAGUGGCAGUUGGGCUCACCGUUGCAUCGAAGAGCUCGUAUCGACAGGUAGCAUGGACUGAGUAA